AGGGGCGGCUGCAAAUUCGACCUCAUUAACUCAGGAGUGCUCAGAGGGACACGAAAAUGACCCCCCAAAUCCUCCCUGAGCCCCCCAAAUGCUGCUGCUUCAACAUCAAGACAGCGACAGUGGCGCUGGGGAUCUUCCACAUGGUCAUGAGCGUCCUGCUGCUGAUCGAGUAUUCCCUGGAGGUGGCCAACGGGAAGGGUUUCUGCAAAGACCUGGACAAGGAUUACUACAGAAUUGCUGAUGUCACCACCAGUUUCCUGCUGAUCCUCAUGUUGCUUGUCAUCAGCUUCCACCUCCUGCUUGGGGUGCUCAAGAAGAGGGAGCGGCUCCUGAUCCCCUUCCUGGCUCUGCAGGUCAUUGAUUUCCUCCUCAGCCUGCUGACCAUGUUCAGCUCCUACAUCCAGGUGCCCGUGGUCAUCUCCGUGUCCUCGCUGGGCCACACGGGCCACUCCAAGAUUCCCCUGCUGGCGCUGCAGCUGCUGGAUUUCUGCCUGAGCAUCCUCACCCUGUGCAGCUCCUACAUGGAGGUGCCCACCUACCUCAGCCUCAAGCCUGUCAACAGCGGGGGCUCUCUGCCAGCCCUGGAGAAGCUGCCAGCAGAGGAAUACGCCAAAGUGAUGAUCACCUUCACCAUCGCCUUCGUGGCCGUGCUGUUCCUCAAGGCCUACAUGUUCAAAUGUGUCCUGAGCUGCUUUAAGUACAUCAAAGACAGCAGGAGGGAGGAGGAGAAACUGGAGCCACAGGCAGUGGAAAAGGCCGUGCUGCCGUCCUAUGAGGAAGCCCUGGAAUUGCCUUCCAAGGAUUCCCCCCCUCCCUACGUGACCAUCUGAGCCCAGCCCGGGGGAGAGGUGACACUGAGUGCUGCUGCUGCUGCCUCUCCCCUCCCGGCAGAGUCCCAGUGCUCACUCCAGAGCAAUUCCCAGCUUUUUCCAGCCAGAUCCUGCCGGGGAACUGCUGGAGUCCUGUCCCGCUCUGGAACCUCCAUCUCCUGACUCUGGCUCUGGUUGCCAUCCCUGGAUCUGGAUUUGGCUGCUGCGGGGAGCAGGGCCGGCCCGAGCUCUGCGCCACCAGGACGGUGAUCCUCCUCUGGCUCUGCAGGGAGUCCUUUGGAAGUGGGACUGAGGGAUGAACAGGGAAGGAAUUUUCUCUGGGAUAACGCAGCCCUGCAGCUCUGCCCAGCCAGAAUUCCUGCAGAAAAGGGAUCAGCCAAAAAUCCCCCGGCAACUGCAGCUCUCACCCUGUCUGCUUGUGAAGAUUGACAGCGACCCAGAAUCUCCAGCCCAGCACUGCUCUGCCAUUUCAUACCUGAGUGGGUACAUUUCCCCUGCUUUCAUGUGACUUGGAAGAUGAGAUUCAAUUAAAAUAAAAGCGUUAAUGGCUUCCA